AUGGUUUCUUCUGAUCGCUCUACAGACCCAGUCUCUACUCGUGCUCAACAACAACCACCUCAAUCCUCUUCUUUAUUAGUAAACACUCCCUUAAUAACAACAUCUAAUAAUACCCAAUCUACUUCAUUACAACAAACAUUUACUUCUUCUUCUUUUGGCCAACAAUCUUCCUCUUCUUCCUCAUCAAAAUAUUACCCCCAAACUUCUUCCUAUCCAUACGUCUAUCCAUUAGCGGCAGCUGCUGUAGCAGCUGCAACUGGAACAACUCCAAACCAUUCUUUAAGCCAUUUCAGUCUAAAUAUUGAUAUACACCAUCAACAGCCUGGUAAUCGUUUAGGCUUUGAUAGUUCAAAUACUGGACCCUUCUUUGAUAUUGGAAUAAAUACAAACAAUAACAACCAACAACAACAAAUGCAUCAACAUUCAUUAUUACAAAACGAACAUACUAAUCACCACCAUUUGAAUGCUUCAUCACUCCAAUUAUUACAACAUCGUUACCAUAACCAUCAGCAACAUACAGAAAUUGGUAAUUUAAUUAAAAGAGAAAAUGGGAGUCUUCUUAACAAUCAACAACAAAAUUCUCCUGAUUCUAGGGUCGAUUCUGGACAUACGGGGGUUAACCAGCUUGGUGGUGUUUUUGUAAAUGGCCGUCCAUUGCCUGACAAUAUUCGGCAAAAAAUUGUUGAUUUUCAUAAAGAGGGAAUGCGCCCUUGUGAUAUUUCUAGGCAAUUACAAGUUUCUAAUGGAUGUGUUUCUAAAAUAUUAUCUCGUUUUAUGGAAUCCGGUACAAUUAAACCAAGGGCUAUUGGCGGUUCAAAACCGAGAGUGGCCACAAAAGAAGUUUGUGAUAAAAUAAAAAUAUAUAAAGAACAUCAACCUUCAAUUUUUGCAUGGGAAAUUAGAGAUCGUUUAAGACAAGACAGAGUUUGUAGUGAAGAAACAUUACCAAGUGUUUGUAAUUUAUUUUUAAAAAUAUUAAUUUAA